CGGAAUUUUGUGACAAAAUCCUGUAUACGCCCCUGUUUAUAAAAAAAUGACAUGACAUCCUGGAUCCGGGUGAGGCUAUAUAUAUAAAGAGGCGACCAAUGCUAGACCAUCAUCGCUUGAAACCCACUCGUUGUCAACGUUGGCAUUGCAAAAUGAAGACCCUUCUUCUGCUGGUAGUUGUCUGUUCCUCUGCUUGCGUUGUGGAAUGCGGAAUUGGAUCAUGGUUUUGUAUGGCGUGGCAUUCGAUUACGUUCAACUCUGAUGCUAGAUGUUCGCUUGGUAAAAUGCAGAGAGCCUACGACCAAAUGCGGGCUGCGGACUGCCUGAAUUGUGACAAGUACUUCCAUUGUAUGGGCAACUACAACGCUGUAUAUCGAUGUCAGAGGAGUCAGAAAAACAGAGAAAUAGCUGAGGCUAUAAGCAACUGCCGAGAAUGGGGUCAAAACUCACCUGAUAGCACCGCUGACCAAGCAGCCAAUCGGUAUGGCCGUAACGGCGGGAAUUGUGCCAGUAGAUAUCUCUGCAGCGUCAACUGUAUGUACAGUCCGACCUCGGGCACGUGCAGCCGAAGUAACUGUCGUUAAACAGCAGACGAGAACCACAAUUUUUAACCACAUAUAUAUAACCUAUAAUAAAGCAGUUUGAAUAUGGCCGAUGGAAAUAAGCUGGUCGCAUUAUGUGGACUUUUGUAAUUUAUAACUUUAUUAUCUUUUACUUUUAUUCUUAACCCAAUAAAAGUUAAUACCAAAUCG